AUGCAGGCAUCAAACUCAAAGUGUGUCAAGAAGCCAUGGACCAAGCACCGUAGCCUUGUGCAAAUGCGUUACCGACGGAAAGGCACACUACAGCGUAUGCUGCAUAGCUAUUUCGAUGACUGUCACUGCAAAGGUGUCUAUCUUCUUAUCCAUGAAGACAACCGGUACUUUACGAUUAAUUUUAACAAGUCUGAUGCUUCAAGCAACCACUUUCCACCACCAGAUAAAGAUAUACUCUUACAGAAACAGGAGAUGCAUUACCCCCCUCCGUCCCGAACAACGUGCGAGAACUACACGAAAUAUUAG